AUGCUCGCGCGGUCUGGGCUGGCCUCUGGGAAGCCCUAUGAGGGCGACCGGAUGGAAGUGGACGUGUGUUCAUCGCCCUUGUGCUCCUCGCUGGGCGACGGGGACCUGCUGCCCCUGGAUCAAAUCAGCCUGGUGUCGCCGGGCCUUGCGGAAGCCUUCGGCAUCACCACCUCUCUUGGCCUGCGCGAUGAGCGCCCCCGUGGCCCAUCCAGCGACGACGGCAUUGGCAGCGGCGACCUCGGGCAGCAGCGGUUCCUCGGCGGCGACGACUCGCUUCGCCUAGCGGACGGGUUUGACAGUCCGCCGCUUUCCGAUGAACCAGUGCACAGGGCGCCCUCGGACACCAGUGGUGGGGCGGUGGGCGGCCACCACCACGAGGCUGGCGGCGGCGCGCUGGCCGCCGUCGCCGCUGCUGCGAGGGCCGUGCAUGAGGCGCAUGAGCAUCACCGCGUGCUGCAGGAACAGCACGAACGGGAGCAGCAGCACCAACAGCAGCAGUGGAUCCUGUAUGAGCAGCAGCAGCAGCAGUUCAUGCUCCUGCAGCAACGACAGCAACAGGAGGCGGAGGAGCAGCAGGAGCAGCAGCAGCAGCAGCAGCAGCAGCAGGCUGCCGGGCUCGAAUUCGAGGCCGCGCAGGCGCAGCAGUUGCGGCAGCAUCAGGAGUCGCAGCAUGAGCACGACCACCAGCUCCAAUUGGAGCGGCACCAGUUGGAUCAGCAGCAGCUGGAGCAGCAGCAGCAGCACCAGCAGCAGCACCAGCACCAGCAGCAGCAGCAACUCGAGCAGCAGCAUAUGGAGCAGCAGCAGCACCACCAGCACCUGGAGCAGCAGCACCAGCACGCGCAGCAGCACCAGGCCCAGCAGCAGCACCACGCGGCGCUCGCGGCUGCGGCCGCCGCGGCGCAGGUCGUGCAAUUCAGCCACAGCCAGAGCGCGUCCAUGUCGGGGGUGCCGCCAGCCACGGCCGGGUACCUGGCAGGCAUGCUCCCAUACUCAACAUACGGCGCCGCCGCCGCGGCUGCCGCCGCCGCAGCCGCCGCCGCGGGACAGCUCCCCGGGUACCCUUACCCAUUGCCUGGUAUGCUCCCUUACCUCCAGGCGAUGCCAGGCGCAUACGCCUACCCAGGGGCAUACCCCUCGAGCGCAUUCGAUUUCAUUAUGCAGCAGCAGCAGGCGGUGGCGGCGGCGGCCGCAGCGGCACAGCAGGCAGCGGCAGCGCAGCAGGAGCACUCUGGCCAGCAGGCAGCGCUCCCGCUCGCUCUUGACGGGCAGAAUGAGGCCGCUCACAAACCCCCCACGCUGGCAGCAGUGGAGCAGCAGCAGCAACACCACCAACCACAGCCGCCGCAGCAGCAGCAGCAGCAUGCGCAGCAGAAGCACCAGCAGCAGCACCAGCAGCAGCACCAACAGCCGCCGCCGCAGCAGCACCAGCCGACACCAGAGCACGCACCUCAUAAGGAGCAGCACCCACAGCAGCAGUCGCAGCAGCCGCCGUCCGCUUGGCCGGCGGAGUGCACAGGGGAGGACAGCGAUCCGCACCCGCACGCCCUCAAGCGCUCGCGCCUGGUGUGGACCCCGUCGCUUCACAAGCGCUUCGAGGAGGCAGUGCACUCGCUGGGCGUGGACAAGUGCGUGCCCAAGACGAUUAUGUCUAUCAUGAAGGUCGACGGCCUGACGCGUGAGAAUGUGGCCAGCCACCUGCAGAAGUACCGGCUGCAGCUCAAGGCCAAGCAGGGCGAGGAGGACCGGAAGCGGCGCCGCGCGGCCGCGCAGGCGCGCGCGCAGGCGGCUAGGGCAGCGGCGGCGGGCGGCGGCGCGGCGGCGCCGGUGCAGCCCGAGGCUGGGGAGGGGGCGGAAGGGGCGGAGGGGCCGCAGGGGGCGCAGGGGGUUGCGUAUGAGGAGGGCGGAGGGGAGGCGGCGGCGGAGGCUACGGAGGCGGACGCGGCGGACGGGGCUUGGGCAUCAGAGCAGGCCGUGAUGGGGGCCGCGUGA